AUUGUGAGGAUAGAUAUUGUAAAAUCGGAGGUCCGUCAAAAAAAGCAAAAUAUAAAUCCGGUCGAAAGGACAAGGUCAAUAAGUGUGAUGAUGAUGAUUUGGAUGAGAAAUUAAAACGAGAGCGUGAAGACCGAAUCCGACAUUUUCAAGAUAUUGAUCAGUAUGUUUUGCCAGUAGAAGUUGUUAUUGAUUAA